AUGGCGAGGGCGUUCGCAGAAACAGCAUAUGGAAUCGCUCCUCGCGCCGCUCUGCUCGCACGGCGCUUCCACGACGCCGCGCGCACGCAGCAGGUUCUCAACGCGCACCGCCGCGUUGCACGAGCCGUCGUCAGGCCAGGCUCCGCUGUUGGCGCCGUGGCCAUCACCGUGCUCCCCAGACAAUCGGCAACUGAACCACGCCCAAUGCAAAGUGAGGACGUAGUGGCGCUGGUGGCGGAGAGGGGCUUUACGGGCACAGUCGAAACGUGCGAGCUCGUUCGCGAGGAGGAGACGCUCCCCGUCGUCAGGCACGAGCGUUACGUGCUCAUCGAUCUGCUGCGCGCGAUGUUUGAGGAGGCCGACGCCAACGCCGACGGCAUGAUCACCGUGCCAGAGCUUGCGGGCUUCCUCUCGCGCCAUGGACUCGAGGGUGCAACGGGGUGCAUCUCGGCGCUGCUGCUGCGCACGAGACUCGUCGGCUUGCAGGACAAUUCGGCCUCCGGGACUCUUAGCGAAUACGGCGUGCACCGAUCCCUCAUGCACGUGGCGGCGGCCUCGAUCUUUGAUGUGGCAGACCGGAACAGCGACGGACGCGUAAGCAGAGGAGAACUUGAGGUGCUCUUUGCGAGCAUGGGGCUGGGGGAUGCAGAGCGAGCCGCAGCUAGUUUUACCGAACACGACGUGGACGGAGACGGCUCUAUUGACAAAGGCGGCCUAUAG